GGUGUUGUGGAUUUGAUUGACGAGCAAGCAGUGUAUAGUGGGAAUUCUGAUGGAAGUUCUGUAGUAAGAGAUGAAAUUCCGAACGAAUUACGGGCUCAAGCAAAGGAUAUGCGUCAGGAACUAAUAGGUUAG